GUGAACGCAGCAAGGUAAUACGCACCAAAAAUAAACAUCAUUAGUUUCAACCGAAGGACCUCAUCAUAAACCAACAAUGAAGCUCCUGUCUUUAUUUCUUCUGGCCUUCAUCGCUUAUACUGCCGCUAAAGUGGUUCCCGCAUCAAAUAGCAAUAGCCUGAGCAUUGACCAGCACGGCAAAAGGGUUUAUUCGGAUGUGACCGAGGAUAAAUGCGACUAUUCUUGUCCCGAAAAGGAUCCUUCGGUCUGUGCCACCAAUGGACAAUGCCUUCUGAAGUUUGAGAGCCGCUGUGCCAUGUCGGCCUACAACUGCCGUAAUCCCCAGAAAAUGUUUAAGACCGUGGAAGACCAUCGUUGCACGCAGGACUGGCAGCCUCUUUGCAUGGAAUCAGAUCUCAGGGAGUUCGGCUUGUGAGAAGUGUUUUCAAAUGAAAGGUUGAGCAGAAAAAUAAAAUGAAAAUUAAGAAAGUUUA